AAGAGAGGUAUAAUGCUGUAAGAUGAGUGUGUUGUGACUAAUUCUCUGGUAAAUGGUUACUUCGCAAUAACUCGAAUAUCGGUCUAUAUAUUAUAUAUAUAUAUAGUUUGAUCUAUAUAUACGUAUAUAUACAUAUGUCGUCGAUUCUGACCGGCACGCAAAUUCCGAAAAAGGAGCGCACCGUCCGCUGUCAUCCGCAGACACGGAGACAGAGUACAAAAGUGAAGAGUAAAAAGUAAAAAAAAAAAAAAGAAGAAGAUGCCCCUGCAUCGAGUGAAGUCUCUGUUUCGCGGCAUGAUCACCUUCAAGAAUACGAAUGUGAUAACCAAGUCGUACCUCCGUUCGGCGAUCACCACACCAUCCGGGGCGAUACUGCCCGAGCCAAAGAGAACGCCAUUCAGCCUUCUGGGCGUCGUCAGCAGCGUCGUGUUCGGCCUGCUCGUUGGUGCCACGAUCAGCAAGAAUGUAGCAAACUUCCUCGAGGAGAACGAUCUCUUCGUACCGUCCGACGACGACGACGACGACGAUUAGUAAUGACAGAACGGCCAUACAGCAUUCCAUUAUAAUUGUUGAAAGUAUACAGCCGUGUUUUAGAGGUGUUUUUGACACUAAUGAGUCAAGUUUGAUGUCACAGAAAUGCAAGAUAGCAAUUGCACGACGUCAAAUAAAUGGAGAGAUAUCUCUUCACUUGCACAAUUUAGGUAUAUUAUUCAAGACACUUAUUAUGAUGCCUGAAUAAUUAUGUAUAUAUUAUUAUCAUAGAAAUAUAUAUUUAUACAAUUGAAAUGUUAGCGCAUAGUAGAGCUUAAUAUAAAAUCUUUUUAUUUAUGUAUAAGUCAUAUAUAUAUAUUAUUUAUGCAUAUACAUACGUAUGUAUAUAUGCAUAAAUAAAUUGAACUGUGUUAAAUACAACGUAAGUAAUACAAAAACGCAUAUUAUGGCAUCUGUACAAUCGGGCAGCAUUAUGAAAACAGAUGUACAUCUGAUUACAGUUACAUAUAUCUCUUCUCAGUCUUCGAUUAAUAUUCACAAUUCUCAAAUGCGUGUAAUUUUUAAUAAAUCAUUUAAGGUAAAUGUACCAAUCUCCCGAUGAUUAAGCGCGCUAUGAAAAAACGUUACAUAAAAUUUAAUUGAGAGAAGAAUCGUUUGACGCGAUUAACAUGUAAAUUAAAGGUCAGACUAUUUGCGUUGAAAGUGAAGAUAAAUUAAUUAAAUAUUUUCCAUAGUAAAUAUUUCAUAAAUGACAAGUUUUACAAAGCAAGUACACCGAUAACUGGACAUUUGUUUUAUGUACAUGAAUUUUUAAUAGUUAACGAAUUAAAAUUAUACGUUUAACUAAAAAUACAUCUUAUUUAUCCUUACAAUUUGAAACAGUUCAAUUAUUCUUUUAAUUAAUUGAUUACUUCUUACUGUCAGAAUCAAUAAAGUUAAUUUCUAGCAUUCGUUAGACUGACGAAUAAAGUAUUUAUCAUUAUUGCGUUAUAAAAAUUAUAAAUUUAUGGAAAUAAGUGUCUGGAUAUUUAACUGAAACGUCAAGAUGUAAGAAAAAUUUAUAUUCUAUAUUGAAGAUAUUUUUAUUUAAGGACAAAAAACGGCAAAAGUGUACAAAGAAUCUAUAUUGAGGCAUUGGUACUUUUACCUUAUAAUUAACGUAUUUAAUAAAAGCAUAAUGAAUCUAGUAGAAACAUAAAGGUCUAUUUUAAUUCUUUCGGAACUAUACAAAUAGAUGUGUCUCCCUUACACGGAAAACCGACACUUUCAGAAGAAAACUAUCAUUAAUAUUACAAUUCCAUGGUAAAAAUUUGUUAUCACAAUUUAUCGAACGAUUUAAAAAUGUACAGUUGCAUAUUAUUCGAAAAAUCUUCGCCAAGAUGCAAGAGGUAAAAACAAGUACGCAAGUCUAGUCGGUACGAAAAUUCAUAAAUACGAAAGCGUGUGCAUAAAUAAAUAAGUCUCGUUGAAUACGCAGGACAAGAAUUACAAUUAUCAAGCAAACAAGUCUCCUUUUUUUUAGUAUCGCGUGACUUGAAAGUAUAGUAGAAAAAAAAAA